GACGGCUCCAAUUCACUUUCUGGGGCACUUUGACGCCUCCGCACUUCACUCGCCCGCGCACCGCCUUCAACCUCAGCUCAAUUGCUUGCGCUGCGACUGCCUCUCUCACAAUGGCAUCGUGCCGAGCUUUCCAGGCGCUGCCUCUGCGCAGCUUGCUCAAUCGACCAUGCAUGAGCGCCGUCCGCCAGCAACAACGAGCCUCGAGCUACUCGUCGACCCAAGCCAUAGCAUACAAAGCGCUCCACCGUCGCAUCGCACCGCUCCCCACGGAAGACCGCCCUCCCGCCUGGUCUGCGCCCGCUGCCGUCAGCAGCAUCCUCUACGAGACCCCUCUACCGUCCCAAGCUCCACCAAAACGUCAUAUCCUCAACUGCUUAGUGCAGAACGAGCCUGGUGUGCUCUCUCGCGUCUCUGGAAUUCUGGCGGCCCGCGGCUUCAACAUCGACAGCUUGGUCGUCUGCAAUACCGAGGUCGAUGACCUCUCCCGCAUGACCAUUGUGCUGCAGGGCCAAGAUGGCAUCGUUGAGCAGGCCCGUCGCCAGCUUGAGGAUCUCGUCCCCGUCUGGGCAGUGCUGGACUACACGCAGUCUCCGUUGGUCCAGCGCGAGCUGUUGCUUGCCAAGAUCUCCAUCCUGGGCCCCGAGUACUUUGAGGAGCUGCUUGCCCACCACCGCGAGAUGGCUCAGACGCCCGAGGAGGAAGAGGGCCCGAACAUGGACGACUGGACAGAAGAGGAACGCCACACGUAUGCGGAGGAGGCCGCUCGUGAUUCGUUGAAGAAGGACUUCCACCCAAGCAACCUCGCCGUCAGUCAGGCGCUACGACACAAGUCGGAGCAUCUGCGCGCCAUUACCUUCAUGACACAUCAGUUUGGAGGAAAGGUUCUGGACAUUAGCACAAACAACUGCGUUGUGGAGGUCUCGGCAAAGCCAAACAGGAUCGAUUCGUUCAUGAAGCUUAUUGCUCCUUUUGGUAUCUUGGAAUCCGCCAGGACGGGCCUCAUGGCCCUCCCGCGCUCCCCACUCCACGCAACGGAGGAUGUCGACCACAAGGACGCCGAGGAUGUCGUCGAUAGUAGCCUGCUUCCCCCCGGCUAGGUUCCAGCGAUGAACCGGUAGAAAGUGUCCCUGAGAGUCGAAUAUGUGCAAGUGGUGUGAUUUAUGUGUAAGACUUACUUCAGUUUGGCGUUCAAAAGGACAAUCUGAUUAACUCGUCCAUAUGCUGGCGACUCAACGCUGCAUGCACUUGACCCUCUUCCC